AUGUCUGUUGCGCUGGAGCUAUGCGCUCCCAGGACAGCUCCGACACUCGCCAGUCCACACUCUCUGAAGGUCGCACUGUGGAACAUACAUAUACAUACAGGCCCAUCCAGCCGGCGUCGGUCAUUUAAUACCAGGCAGCACCUUGGACGACAACAGCUGUCUCAAAGCGGCACACAACAACUAAGUCCAAGAAGCACAUCUAAAAUAUUCAAAAGCGCCGACGAUGCCGUCGCUGACAUUAAAGAUGGAGCAACCAUUCUCAGUGCGGGAUUCGGCCUUAGUGGUGUUGCAGAAACCUUGAUCGAUGCCAUCCGCAAAAAGGGCAUUCGCGAUUUGACUGUCGUCUCCAACAACGCCGGAGCAGGCGAAUACGGCCUUGCCAAACUCACAUCGACCGGACAGAUCUCGCGCAUGAUCGUCUCAUUCAUCGGCAACAACAAAUCUCUAGGCCAACAGUACCACGACGGUCGCGUGGCCAUCGAGCUAUGCCCACAAGGAACUAUCGCCGAGCGUCUCCGUGCCGCCGGUGCCGGCAUCCCAGCCUUUUUCACAGGCACGGGAUCCAGCACGCUUAUCGAAACAGGCGGGAUCCCAAUCCGUCUCGGGCCCAAGGAUCCUGCCACGGGCAAACACUCCAUCCUUGAGCCAGGCCGCCCUCGCGAGACGCGCAUCUUUGACGGCCGACGCUACCUCAUGGAGACAGCACUCAAAGGCGAUGUGGCCAUCGUCCGGGCCUGGAAGGUGGACGAGGCAGGCAACUGCAUCUUCCGCAGCACGACCAAGACGUACGGCGUGCUGAUGCCCAAGGCGGCGCGCAUGGCCAUCGUUGAGGCCGAAAACAUCGUCCCCAUCGGCUCUUUGGACCCAGACCAUAUCGACCUUCCGAGCAUCUACAUUGACCGAAUCUGUCCAGCCACAAGCGACAAACAUUUCGAGAAGCUUGUGCUCGCGCCGUCAGAAUCAUCAACUUCUUCUGCUUCUUCCGGCUCCGGCGUCGGCACCAACGACAGUGACACCGUCGCACGCAACCGCAUCGCGCGUCGCGCCGCCCGCGAGUUCAAAGACGGCAUGUACGUCAACUUGGGGGUCGGCAUCCCGACACUCGCGCCGAGCUUCCUGCCCCCGUCGACCAAGGUGUGGCUCCAGUCGGAGAACGGCAUCAUCGGCAUGGGCCCGUACCCGCGCACGCGCGCCGAAGCCGACCCGGACACGAUCAACGCGGGCAAGGAGUCCGUCACGCUCGUGCCGGGGGCCAGCACGUUCGACAGCGCCGAGAGCUUCGGCAUGAUCCGCGGCGGGCACGUCGACGUGUCGCUCCUCGGGGCGCUGCAGGUCAGCGCGGAGGGCGACCUGGCAAACUACAUCAUCCCCGGGAAGGCGUUCAACGGCAUGGGCGGCGCCAUGGACCUCGUGAGCAACCCGGACAGAACAAAGAUUGUCGUCUGCACCUACCACUGCGACAAGGACGGCCGGAGCAAGAUUGUCGACAUCUGCGAUUUGCCGCUCACGGGAAAGCGCGUCGUGAGCACCAUCAUCACCGAGCUCGGUGUGUUUCAGGUCGACCGGACUGGUGGAAGGGGGUUGCUUCUCACCGAGACGGCUGACGGUGUGACCGUUGACAUGAUCAGGGAGAAAACCGCGGCCAAGUUCACGGUCGCUGACGAUUUGGGGACUAUGGAGUGA